GGGAAACUGUGAAGCAUGAGGAGCUUAUCAGUUGCACUCUUGUUUGGCUUGAUUAUGAUGGUGAGCAUGUUGAAUGGUGGUGCAGUGAAGGAGGAAGAUGAGCAAAGAGCAAAGGGAAAACGCUAUCUACUGAGUGAAACUGAUCUUGGUCGAAAGGGCAUAAGAAGCGACAGGAUUGAGCCAGCCAGUAAGGGUUCUGCAAGUGCAAACACGAACACUGCUUCUGUGAAUGGUAACAAAGCCAGUUAUAAUGAUGACAUAAAUGAGAGUUAUGAGAACAAUGGGAAUGGUUCGGGACCAGUCCUUAACAGCCAUCACUAUUUCCAUAUUCGCACUCCACCCAUUCACGGCUAGUUCUUCUAAGUGCUUGAUGAACAUGUAUACGUGC